AUGCUGAUACGGGCCCACUUCCUGCUGCUACUGCUGCUCCUAGGGGCCCCCAGGACAGGCCUCUCCCAAAAGUGGUGCAAAGCCGAGUCCAUCUUCAACUGUCUUAACACAGCCCUGUCUGAGGUCAAGAAAAGCCAGAUGGAGGAUGCGCCCCUGCUGAGCAAGAGAAGCUUCCCCUCCCUGCCCAGCCAAGACCCCUCCUCAGGUGAGGACCAGGAGAAGGAGGAGGAGGAGGAAGACAAGGAGAAAAGGACCUUCCCUGGUUCCGGGGGUGGCAGUGGGGCCGGAAGCACCCGGUACAAAUACCUGUCCCAGGCGCAGCUCCGGGGGAGGUUGUACAAGGACAAGGCCAAGAGUGACCGGCGCACCAAGUUCACUCUGUCCCUUGAUGUCCCCACUAACAUCAUGAACAUCCUCUUCAACAUCGCCAAGGCCAAGAACCUGCGAGCCAAGGCAGCUGCCAACGCCCACCUGAUGGCCCAGAUCGGGCGGAAGAAGUAG